GUAAUAAAAGCUAGAUUAUGUGGUUCCAACGCGGCUAUGGAUAAUACGGUUCACAAUAAUAGGCGAAUAUAGAGGCUUUUAUACGCCAUAUUAUGACACGUACAACACAGCAACAAUCUGUUUGCAUAUAUAGUAUCUUCUAACCGUAUAUUAUAUUUACAAUGGCCCAGGAAUACACCCAAUUCCCUCCUCAAUGGAGGCAGCAUGGUACUAUUUUAUACCAACGCUAUGGUGAUCCGAAGCCUUCGGAUCGUCUAGCAAUGUUUGACAUGGACAACACGCUGAUGCUUACGCCGAGUACUAUUAUCGGAGAGCUUGUUAAGGGUAACAAACCUUGGAUUAACAAGCCAGCUGUUGCCAACGACCUUAUUUUGUACAACCCUAACGUAAGGGAAAUGCUACUAGAGGAGAUCUCAAAUGGGAGAUCUAUCGUUGUAUGUUCCAAUCAAAGUCAACUGUUUGACCGUCCUGAAGUCUCAAGGUUAAUAUUCGAUCGCAUUCAAAUACUUUUGGAGAAGCUUGACGUUCCACUUUACAUUAUGCUUGCAUUUAAAAGGGAUCUUUGCCGUAAGCCAACGUGUGGUAUGCUGGAGUUCUAUGAGACCCAUCUAAAUGACUCCAUCAAGGUUAACCGGGCGGAUUCAUUCUACGUGGGAGAUGCUGCAGGAAGGCGAUGGCCUAAGGAAGUUCUUGAUGCUAAUAGCGAACGUAUAUUGGCACUGUUAAAGGCUGAAGACUUCAGCGAUAGAUGUUAUAUGAAUAAAAUUGGAUCUAAGUAUAGAAGAGUUGAUGCGAACGCCAUUAUCGCAAACACAGCUGCUUCUUCUAUCAAUUCUAAGUUCGAGGUUGAUUUUUCAGAUUGCGAUUACAAAUUCGCUUUAAACAACGGACUACAAUUUUAUACACCAGAGGGAUAUUUUGCAAAGUUGCCUAGAAUAGAGCUUACGUUAGACUUUGAUCCGAAACUGAUUGGUAAGAGUCCUAUCGAUAUAGAUAUACGGGAUGGUCUGGUUAUCCUUGUAGGCCCGCCAUCUUGUGGCAAGACAUUUCUCUGUGAAAAGCAUCUACAAGAUUUCAUUCGUAUAAGCGAUAGUGCUUAUAAAAGCGCAGAAGCCUGUUUGGAUGAGGCAUCAAAGUGUCUACAACGGAAGGAUAAAGUCGUUAUAGACAGUUGCAAUGCACUUGAAAGUGAUCGGGAACCUUAUAUUUCACUGGCUCGAAAUCAUGGUGUCAAAUGCACCGUGAUAUAUUUAGACGUCAGUAGCGAUUUCGCAAUUCAUUUCCACAGAUAUCGCAAGAUCAUGAAGUUAUCGCCUCAGCGCUUACCGUCACUAGACUCUAUCUACAGGUAUUACAAGCGUUUAGAACCACCUAAAGAGAGCGAAGGGUUUGAUCGUAUGAUUCAUAUAACGGAUGAUACAUUCCCGGUUGAGCACAACGAAGUAUCAAAAUUGCACUUGCCAUAAAC